AUUUGGUCAAACACAGACACUUCAUGUUGAUCGUCACCUCUGACUGUUGUUACAGAUUCAUUUCAUACUGUAAAAGCAAUCAGCAAUGGAAAGACUUGUGCUGCUGUUCUCAGGACUCUGUCUGUUGAUCCAGAGCAUCUCAUGUCAGUAUGUUCUCAUCAAGGAGAGAAAGAAUUGGGAUGAAGCACAAGCUUACUGCCGACAGAAUCACAUUGACCUGGCCACUGUUCAAAACAAUGAAGACUGGACAAAUGUACAGAGAGAUGAACAACCUGCACUGACUUCAGCUGUCUGGACUGGACUGUACAGUGACAUUACCAGCUGGCGUUGGUCUUUCCAAGAUGAGACGAUGACCUUUGUAAAUUGGGGCACUGGAGAACCUAACAACUACGCUGGAAAACAGACAGAAGCUGGAAUAGGCGGUGGCAAAUGGACUGAUCUAGAGGACUAUUAUCAAAUUCCCUUUUUUUGCUACAAUGAGGAGGAAACGGGAGCGAGCAGGUUUGUUUUCAUCACGAGCCCAAAGACCUGGCGUAAAGCUCAGAGUUACUGCAGACAACAUCACACAGAUCUGGCCACCAUCCGAAGUCAAAGUGAGAAUGACCAGCUGCAGCAGAUGAUGCAAGGAGUGUCCAAAGCAUGGAUCGGUCUGUUCAGAGACUCGUGGAAAUGGUCAAAUGGAGCAAAUGUCAACAUGUCUGCAAUUAACUGGAUGACUGGACAACCUAACCUUGGUGGGCUGAAUAUCCGGCCUUGUGCUGCUAAAUAUCCUAAUGGUUUCAUAGAUGAUCGAGUUUGCUCUGAUGCCCUGCCUUUCAUUUGUGCGAUCCCAAAGAAGCACAUUGUGAGAUUGGAGGUGAAAUCUGCUGAGAAUGUGAAUGACCCUGCAGUGAUGGAGAGCAUCUUACAGAGGAUAAAACAGAAAGCGAGAGAUCAUGGGAUAGACGAGGAGACAAGAUUGUCAUGGAAAGUGCAGUCAAAUGGAAAUGUUUUUUCAGUAAAACGUGAUCAAAAAGAUGAUGCACAGAAAAAGACAUGUGAAGGCAUGUAAACGUCUUGUGGUGUGAUCCCAAAAAGCAAAAAAAUCGCUCUCACGUACCUUCUCUGGAUCUGUUCUACAUGUGUGUUAUGAUCUGCCCGCUGCUACAAGAUCAUCAGAUUCUGUUUCAGAUUCUGUGUCCAUCUUUAAGAACCGUCUGAAAACUGUCAGGAUUCCAUCACCAUCUCUCUCCACUCAUUCCCUCACUCCGCCCACUCAGUCAUUCACACACUCAUUUUCACCUGAUGAACAUUGUCCUUAUGUUGUUCCAAUUGCUUCCAUCUGGAAGUCACUUUGAAUAAGAGCGUCUGCAAAAUGACUAAAUGUAAAUGUAAAUACAACAUGUGUUUUAUGAUGCAAGUGAUAAGAUUGACACUCUUAUUUAUGAUAUCAUACAUGUUUGGAUUUAAGUUGUUUAGAAUGAAAGAUUUUAGAAUCUUUGUUUCUUAAAAGCAAACUGUGUGUGUGUGUGGAAUUCUGGCUCGAGAGAUUGGCGUUGUAUUUCAUUUCUUAUUUUAUUCAUUGUUAAUAUUAUUCUCUAAAAAUUUUACACAUUUUAUUGAUUAAUUGAGUUAUAAAUGAUUCUAUUAUUUUGUUUACUUUUCUUAAAGCAAUACUCAGAAAUGAAUAUUCUGUUGUUCGUAAACUCCAGGUCCUCCGUUUAUCUUCAGAACACAAAAGAAGAGUUUUGUUGAGGUCCGUGAGCUUCUAAUGCUUGAAGCGCUUUGAAGUUUGGUUGUGUUGCAGUCUAUGAAAGAGUCAGAAAGCUCCCGGACCUCAACAAAACUAUCUUCACUUGUGUUCUGAAGGCAAACAGAGGUCCUAUGGUUGAUGAACGUCUUGAGGAUAGUAAUUC